AAGGGAUCGGUCGCUUCCUAAUGACGUAAACCGUCUUUUUGGAAAAAAGAAACUUUAUUAGUAUGACAAAUGAUUCUAGAAAAAACAAUACCAGAACAUUGGUCGUCUGUAGUGUGACGACUUAGACACGCGCCACAGUCUACAGAAGAUCCACGCGGACCCGGAGCUGUCCUGUUUUUUUUCGGCUGGUUUGGUGUGUGUGAGUCCGGUGUGAUGGGGGACCGGAGCCGGUUGUGCUCCGUGUGGCUCGGCUCGGAGACCGGGAUCCUGAAGGGGGUCAGCCUGUCCCGGAAACAGGCCUUCAACUUCUGCAACACGAGCCACCUGAGCCGAGACCAGGAGGUCCGCGCGCUGUGCUGGGGGGACGCGGCGGAGAGCGAGCUGCUGGUGGGCUGCGUGGACGCCACCGUGAAGACGUUCAGCUUGGAGAAGGGCGCGUUCACCGAGAGCCGGCGCUGCGGGGACCCGGCGGAGGGCUGCUUCUCCGGGCUAGCGGCGCUGGGCGGCGACGCACUGGUCACCUGCGCGGAGAGCGGCGCGCUGCGCGUGUGGAGGCAAGAGGGCGGCGACGAGCCCGUGACACAGGUGGACGCCGGGAAGAACGUGUGCAGGAUGCGGCAGAGCCCGGCGAACCCAAACAAGGUGGCCACCGGAGGGAAGGAGAACGGCCUGAAGAUCUGGGACCUCCAGAGGCCCGAGCAGCCCGCGUUCAGCGCCAAGAACCUCCGGGACGACUGGCUGGACCUCCGGCGGCCCUACUGGGUCCGGGACAUGGCCUUCAUCCCGGACUCCGACAAAGUGGUCACCUGCACGGGUUACCACCAGGUGCACGUGUUCGACCCCUCGUCUCCUCAGAGGCGUCCUGUCCUGGAGGUGGAGUACGGCGAGUACCCGCUCACCGCUAUCUCUCUGACGCCUGACAGCACAGCGGUGGCGGUGGGCAACACCCAGGGUCACAUCGCCCUGCUGGACCUGAGGAAGGGCCUGGUGCGUGGCUGUGUCAAGGGGCUGGCGGGCGGCGUGAGGGGGCUUCAGUGCCACGCCUCCCAGCCGUUGGUGGCGUCCUGCGGCCUGGACCGCUUCCUGCGCAUCCACAGCCUGGAGGACCGCAAACUGCAGCACAAAGUCUACCUGAAGUCCCGUCUCAACUGCCUCCUGCUCGCCAGCCAAGACCUGCAGGAGGGAGGGGCAACUGCAGGGGAGGCGGAGUCUGAGGUAAAGGAGGAGGAAGACGAAGGUGAUGAUGUGUGGGACGCUAUGGAGCGGGUGGAGGAGAGGCAGAAGAGGAAAACGACAGAAGACAAAGAGACAACGAAGAAGAGGAAGAAGGCACAGGACUGAGAGGCAUUUGAGGUUUUAGAGGACAGUGGGACGUUUAACCGCCAUAGCUGGGGGCUUGUAAGCAGCGUUUAUUCAGACUGGAGGCCUUUUAUUUUGAAAAGCUUCAGGUACUGGGUAGAUGUUUCUCACCUGUGAACAGGUAGAGUCUGCGUCUGCCUGGGGAGACAAAUGUAUGAGUGCUCUAAAACGUCUUUGUGGUUUUUUAUGAUUGUAAUUAUUGAAAAUACACGUGUAAUUAUGAUUAAAGGAGUUUCUGCUUC